AUGAACUAUGUAACAACUGAAGCAUGGAGUCAGAAACGGACAAGAAGAAUCAGAGAUGACAGUGACGAUGAAUACAGAGGAGCCAGCUCGAGUCAACGUAUAAAAACAGAUCCAGGAUCAACCAACUGGGAUGCCGAGGCGUUUCAACGAAAAGUCAAAGACACGGUGCGAUACGCGCUUGCUUGUGAAUACAAACGCGUGCCCAUUCGGCGCGACGAAAUCAAUAAAAAGAUUUUACAAGAACGAUCACGCGAUUUCAACCGGGUUCAAGCGGAUGUUCAACGCAGGUUGAAGCAUUUAUUUGGAUUCGAAAUGGUGGAGUUGCCCCCAAAAGAAAGACCUACACUGGAUAACAACAAAGGCAAAGCAACAACAAAGGCAGGAUCCACAACCAAAACGUACGUUCUGUGCAAUUCGCUCGAAAAUGCAUAUCGCACACCUGAAUUGAUACACCGUUCAGACGAAGAAACUGAAUUGCAUGGCUUGCUCUAUGUCGUUCUUGCCCUCAUCUUUACAAAUGAGCAAAUCAUGUCAGAAGUGGACCUUUUCGAGCAUCUGGAUCGAUUAGGUGUUAUUGAUGACUCACAAACAUUUGGAGACCGUGAAAAAGUGCUUGAUUCGUUUGUAAAGCUAAACUAUUUGGUGCGAAGCAAAACAGGAACGGAUCCCAAUAACGAAAGCGGUCGAGAAUACUACUGGGGACCUCGCGCAAAAGCUGAGGUAACAGAUGAGGAUAUUAUAGGCUUCAUUGUCUCGACAUAUGGUUCCGAUGUCAACGAGGAAACGAUGAAGGAUUACAUCUAUAGAGCAGCAGGGUACGAUUUGCGUCUUGAACCGCCUAUCUAA